AUGGCAGACGCCGACCAACUCCGCCGCGGCGGCGCCCGCGCGCACGUCGUCCUGUUCCCGUUCAUGGCGCAGGGACACGUCGCGCCGUUCCGCUGCCUCGCCGCGCUCGUCCGCAGGAGCCGCCCCGACGCGCGCCUCACCGUCGUCGCAACCCCCGGCGUUGCGGAGGCCUUCCGGGCCCACCUCGCCGCGGACGGCGUCGGGGCCGCGGCGGCGGCGGCCGUCCACGCGCUCCCGUUCUGCCCCGCCGAACACGGCCUCCCCGCCGACGCCGAGACCUCGGCGAGCAUCGGGUUCCAGCAGAUCAUCACCCUCUUCCUCGCCUCCGAGUCGCUCCGUCCGGCGUUCCGGCGGUUCGUCGACGGUCUCAGGGCGGCGAAUCCCGGCGACGACGUGCACGUCAUGGCGGACAUGUUCUUGGGAUGGGCGGUGGACGUCGCCCGCGACGCCGGCGCGUCGAGCUCCGUUGUGCUCACCUGCGGCGGCUACGGCUCGGCGCUCUACUUCUCUCUGUGGGACAGCGUGCCUCUUCCGGCGACCACCUCCCCGGACGACGACUUCCCUCUGCCGCGGUUCCCGGGCGUCCGUGUGCAGCGCUCGCAACUCACCGACCACCUCGCGGCGGCCGACGGCAAGGACGCCUGGUCCGGGUUCAUCCAGAGGCAGAUCGCCGCCUUCUACCGCGCCGACGCGCUGCUCGUGAACACCGCGGAGAACUUGGAGCCGAAGGGGCUAAGGAUGCUCCGGCAAUGGCUCAACGUUCCGACCUAUCCCGUCGGCCCGCUGCUCCGUGCCGCGGCGCCGUCGCCGGAGGGGAAGAAGACAACGAGCCCCAUCUUGGCGUGGCUCGACAAGCAGCCGCCCGCCUCGGUGCUGUACAUAUCGUUCGGGUCGCAGUACACGAUCACCGCGCCGCAGAUGAUGGCGCUCGCGUGCGGGCUCGAGCAGAGCGGCCACAGGUUCGUCUGGGUGAUCCGGCCGCCGGCGGGACACGACGUGAACGGCGAGUUCUCGCCGGAGUGGCUGCCGGAGAAGUUCAAGGAGCGCGCGGAGGCGGAGGGGCGCGGGCUGGUGGCGCGGUGCUGGGCGCCGCAGGUGGAGAUCCUGGCGCACGCCGCCACCGGCGCGUUCCUGACGCACUGCGGGUGGAACUCCGUCCAGGAGGCGCUCGGCCACGGCGUGCCGCUGCUCGGGUGGCCGCUCUCGGCGGAGCAGUUCUACAACGCCAAGGUCCUCGCGGAGGAGGACGAGGAGACGGGCGCCGUGUGCGUCGAGGUGGCGCGCGGGACCGGCGCCGCCGUGGACGCGGCCAAGGUGGCGGCAGCCGUGGAGGCGGUGCUCGGCGAGACGGCCCAGAGCGCCGCGAUGAGGCGGAGGGCGGCCGAGAUGAAGGUGUCGAUCGUCGCGGCGAGGGACGGCGGCGACGCGUCGUCGGAGACGGUGAUGCGGAGGUUCUUGGACGCGGUGGCGCCGCCGCGUGUCGCGCAGUUCGCCGGCGCGCCGUCAGCAUCGGCAUGCUUUCGUGAGGUCGCGCCAGGGACGGCGAGCCGUCGUGUCGUCAACUCUGGCCAUUUCACCCAGUGAAGUAAUUAGUAUUGUAAAACGGCAAAUCGAAAUAAAUUAGAUUUAAACUGGUAUUUGUACUAAUCUACGUAAAUUUUUUACAUUUAUUGUAGAAAAUUGCUAAAGAUAUUUGUACUUGUACACAUCUUAUCGUGAAACUUG